AUGUCUGAUCGAACAUUGAUAAUUUAUACAAGCUACAAACGAAUAGUUGAAAAAACUCUUGUGGCAUCAGCGCUUUGGCCAUCGAAAAGUUCACAAUUUUCUUUUCGUUGUAUUUUAUUCAUACAUCUUAGUUUAUGUUUUUGUCCUCUCUUUGGAAUGUAUAACUUUUGUAAAAAAUACAUUAAAAAUAUAAUUUUAUUGACUAAAGGUUUAGGUAUUAUAAUAAGUUUCGUAACUGUUAUUUUCAAAGUUCCACCAAAAUCGUUAACUUAUUGGAUUACUUAUGCAGUUCAAUCGCUGGCAAACGUGCCAUGUAUUUGUUGGACUGUUUCUGUAGAUACUGCCUACACACUGUACAUUUUCCAAAUGACUGGAUUAUUACGUGGGAUAUCUUAUUAUUUAAAAAAUUUAAAAAAUGAGAAAGAUUAUGAAGCGACUUUGAGUCAAUGUAUUGAUCUAUAUGUUAUUUUGAUGAAAUGUCGAGAUAAAAUUCAGAAGAUUUUUGGACCAAUCAUUCUUUGGACUAUUUUGAGCAAUGGUGUUGUGAUGUGUUCGAUGGUUUUUCAAAUCACUCAUAGUGAAAAUUGUAUAGAUGUUUUAAGCAGUAUUGAUUGGAUAGGAAAUAAAAAAUUAGCAUCAGUUUUGCUCAUAAUGCUACCUCAACAAUCACUGAAAUUGACUGCUUGCAAUUUUUCAAUUGUAUCUGUAGACAUGUUUCUCAAAGUAAUGAACACCACAAUAUCGUAUUUCUUCUUAUUGCAGACAAUGGAUGAAAAGUAA